AUGCUCUCCAUUGUCCAUCUUCUGGUUCCUGUCUUCUUCUUGGGACAAGUCGUGACGUCUUCGGAGCAAGCUGCUCCUCGAAGUAACAUCACCGCAUGUCUUCUGCCACGAGAUGAAGGGAACUGCCGGGCUCUCCUCCCCCAGUAUUAUUAUGACCGGUACACACAGACAUGCGAAGAGUUCCUCUAUGGAGGCUGUGACGGAAAUGCCAACAAUUUUGAAACGGUGGAGGACUGUGAGAAAACAUGCUGGAAAAUCAAAAAAGUCCCCAAGCCAUGCAGGAUGGAGGUGGAGCCAGGGCCAUGCCGCGGAUACAUAAAGCGUUACGCUUACAACUUGUUGACGAUGAAGUGUGAGCUGUUCAUAUACGGUGGCUGCUAUGGCAAUGAUAAUAAUUUCAAAAAUGAGGCUUCCUGUCUGGAGUCAUGUUCGCCCAAGAGGAAUGCUCCCAGCUUCUGCUAUAGUCCCAAGGAUGAGGGAUCAUGCUCUGCUUCUGUCAACCGCUAUUAUUUCAACAUUGAGAGCAAGUCUUGUGAAGAGUUUCAGUACACAGGUUGUGGAGGAAACUCCAACAACUUUAUCAGGCUGGAAGACUGUAAUAAUGUGUGCAAGAAAGGU